AUGACAGAAAUAGUACAAAAUCGUAUGUUAGGAACUCGUCGUAAACUAGAAUUACUUCUACAAGAAAUGGAUACGAUAUGUCGAGAAAUGAUUGUACAAAUGCACAAUUCAACAACGAAUCGGACGGCAAAUGUUGAUAUCCAAGCUUUAGUUGAUAUGUUUAUCGAACGACAAAAUCUGCUAACUGAACAAAUUGCCGUUGUUCGACAGCAUGAAGAAUUAGAACGACAAUUGCAACUAAAACGUGAAGAAAUCCUUAAAUGUGAACGUGCCUUACGGUGUUUACACACAUAUUUAUUACAAGCCGUCCAAGUUCUUUCGUCAGCUGUUUAUCAAGCGCGUGAGAAAUUGGAUAAUAUUCGUCGGGCGAAGAGUUUUCCAUCGGAAACAAUUAUUCGAUAUGCACAUCAACUAGCGAUAUGUUACUCGACGACGGCACCAGAAAAUUGGCAACAAGGAGAUAUUCGUCGUCCUUUUCCAACAAAUCUCGAUAUGACACGUGGUUUACUCGGUCGAAUCAGUGAACAAACACUACAAAAACAACAGCAACAGCAAACUAAUCUACAAAAUCCAACAAUCAAUACAACAACGGUGGUAGAUUCAAGCGUUCAACAAAAUGUACCGACGACAUCAUCAUACACACCUGUAACAACUGCUGUACGACCCCCGAAACAUGAUACAACGUCGUUUGCAUCGGAUAUUUUCUCAGGAAUGUAUGAUGAAGCGACAAACACCAACUUUUCGUCGAGUGAUACCGAUUCGGACGAUGAUUUGCUGUGA